AUGUCACUGUCACGAGCAGGCCCCUCACUACGACCACUGUGUCGACGAUGCUUGAAACUACAACGACGUUCCGCACCACCAAUCUUCCCUUCUACUCGAUCACUUUCCACUUCCCUUCCAACUUCCCGGCAGUACGCCCGUCAGCAACCCUACCCUGUCCCAUCUACCGCUCAGCUCAACCCGACUAUACCGCGUGAUCAAUCCGUUCCCAGAGCUCCAUUGCAAAUUACUGUAGAUGAUUUCAACGAAAAACCUUCUGCACGUCCUCAUCAGAUAGUCUCGCUGUUGCUGCAACGAAUACCCGAAUAUAUUGACUCUCCCAGAGCCAGAAGGAAACUCAAUGCGUGCGGAUUAGAUACCAGACUUGUGACACAUAAGAUCCAGAAUGAAUGGCUGAGGAAAGUCGCGAAUGACUUGGGGGGAUACGAAGGUAACAAAAAUGAUCAGGAGGUUCUGGAAGGGUUGGAUAGAAAUGGAUGGAAUGGUGAAGAUUUGAUUAUAGCAAUGAAUCAAGGUCGAAUCAUCACCACUGUCGAAUCCAUGGCUUUGAGGAAUUUCUUAUCGUGGACUUUGACAUUAGAUCGAAAAGAUCUGAUAGACGCUCAGCUGAAAAUACAUAUUCAAAGUAUAUUGAAUAUAACGGACCUAACUCGAUUACCCUACUCAUCCGAAUUCCUCUCUGCUCGAUCGAUGAAGAGACAUUUUCACCUUCAUAUCGGGCCUACCAACUCUGGCAAGACAUACAACGCCCUCAAGGCUCUGUCUAAAGCCUCAUCUGGUGCUUAUGCUGGUCCAUUGAGACUGUUAGCCCACGAAGUUUGGGAGAGGAUGAAUCUCGGUACGGUCGGUGAAUUAGAUGGGAAAGGAAGAGCUUGCAAUCUCUUGACUGGAGAGGAAAGAAGAGUUGUAGAUCCUGAUUCUGGUCUGUUGAGCUGUACAGUCGAGAUGCUUCCCUUGAAUGGUCUGAAUGGAAAAGGGUUCGAUGUAGUGGUUAUAGAUGAGAUUCAGAUGUUAGGAGACGAGCAGAGAGGUGGAUCAUGGACGAAAGCCGUACUAGGAUUGGCUGCUAAAGAGAUCCAUCUUUGUGGUGAUGAAACUACAGUCAAACUUUUACACAAUUUGUUAGAACCAUUAGGCGAUCAAAUCACGAUACAUAAAUAUAAUAGGUUAACACCCUUGGUGGUCGCUGAAGAAAGUCUAAAUAAUGAUUGGGAAAAGGUAGAAAAAGGCGAUUGUGUGGUGACGUUCUCAAGGACGAAUAUAUUCGCUGUGAAGAAGAUGAUCGAAUCCACUGCUGGGAAGAAAUGCGCCGUGGUUUAUGGAGCUUUACCUCCUGAGACUAGGGCGGAACAGGCUAGGGAUUUUAAUGAUGAGAAAGGGUUGAGCGAGGUGUUAGUAGCUUCUGAUGCAGUUGGGAUGGGUUUGAACUUAAAAAUCAAACGGAUGAUCUUCGAGUCCCUCACCAAAUUCAAUGGUAAAAAGGAAACGCCACUUUCCCUCACUCAGAUCAAACAGAUUGCAGGUCGAGCAGGACGAUACAAGACUUCUUCCGAUUCCGACUCAAACAAAAACUCUAAUCACAUCACUAACCCCGACGAAGCUCCUGCUACCGGUGGACUAGUCACGACACUGCAUAAAGCGGAUCUACCGAUUCUGAGGGAAUUGAUGAAACGCGAUUUACCUUCUAUCCCCCGAGCCAACCUCGAAGUGCCUUAUAACAACCUUGCUGAACUGGCUAGUUUGUUACCUUCAAACACAACAUUCGGUUCAUUGUUAGAACAAUUCUCAAGUCUCGUGAAAGUCCCAAAAAACACCACCCUAUCAGGCUAUGAACAUAAACUCCCUUUGGCGGACUUGUUAGAACCAUACAGAGAUCAAUUGAGUUUAGCUGAGAUUGACUUGUUCUGUUUCGCCCCUGUCAACGUACGAGACGAAAGGGCGAAAGGAAUUUUUCAAGAAUUGAUUAAAGAUUUCUCAUUAAAUGGAUAUGUAGAUCUGGAAGAUAUUUUCAAAUCUUCAAGAUUAAUCACUCAACUUGAACUUGUUGAAGAAACACUUCGAACAUUACCUCCUUUACCACCUGUCUUAGGGAUAGGUAGGAAACUGUUAACUCCUCCUAUCAUCAUCUCGUCAAUACCGAUGUUGGAAACGUUACAUAAAUCGUUAGUCUUAUACAUCUGGUUAUCAUUCAGAUUAGAAGUGAGUUUCCCAGAUAGAGCCAAAGCUGUAGAAUUGAAAGAGAGGACAGAGGUGGUAUUGGAUAAUUGUCUAGAGAGACUACCCGGUUUGAGACAACGUAAACAUGCUAAAGGAGAGAGAUCCAAGGAGGUUGACAGGUUGGUCAGAGAUUGGAGAAGAGAGAAUGUCAUGCCUAAUGGGACCAGAAAGGUUGAAGGUGUUCCUAGAAAGGGAUUGACUUGGAUUGAGAGGAAUGUAGCGGAAAGGGUCAAACAGAGGAAAACUUGGAGGAAUGUUAGGGUUGUUGGAGAGGGGGAAGGGGACAAGGAGGAGAAUUAG